CAUUCAAACUUUUAAGUUAAAGUUGCACUAUUUUAUCCCUCUCAAGUCCUUCAAAAACCCCUUUGAGUUUCAUUCUUUAGGCAAUCUUGAAGCACCACAAGAUCGAGAAAAUUAGCAAUGGAAAAAGUUAAAGUUGACUUGAAGGUGGUUUGGCUAUGUGGUUUUGUCUUGCAACUCUCCUUUUAUGCUACCACUCUGGUGUUGCCUUCCAUCGAAGAUGAGAUUUUGAUGAUGCCCAGAAAUGUAAACCAUGGUGUUUAUAAGUCUGGCGGUCCGAAUAUUACAAUAUUUACGGCACCUCUUAGGCCUUUUAGAGAUAAGUACAGAAAUGUGCAGGCUGUUGCGGUUAGAUCAUGGCUUGGUUUGUCUUCUAACAUCAAUGUUGUUCUCUUCAGUCAAGACCCUUUGGUUUUCUCCUUUGCAGCUGCCUUUGGUUCUCGGGUUUCUGUUGAAUCCAAUAUCGACUUCACGUUCUUGGGGACUCCAUUCUUUCAUUCAAUGGUUGCAAGAGCACAAGCAUCAACCUCAGAUGUAUCUGUCCUGUUAGACCCUGAAAUUCUUUUAUUGCCGGAAUUUAUUACCAUCUUAAAUCAUGUUGUAAGACUUGAUUAUGAUUGGCUUUUAAUUGCCUCAUCUCGGAAUGCUUCUGACUUCCCCUUCCAUUUGGAUACAGAUGCAAAACAUUGGUUAUCCGACAAAGAUAAACAGAUUAGAAUCAAAAAGUUGCAGGAGUUUCUUGCAGCUACUUCUCAGUUGAGAAAUUGUGAAGAAAAGAUGAUUUUGGCAUGGAAUAAUGGGGAAUUUCCUUUACAUAAAGGCGUUCUUCCGCCUUUCUUGUUCAGGAACGGGCUACACAAACGUUGGAUCAUUAAUGAGGCCCUAUCGUCUGAUUAUAGGUUUGUAUUCGAUGCCAGUUUGAUCAUUUCAAACUUUUAUCAUGAUGAUUUUCAACACGGGUCUUACCAAUCGGUUGAGGCCACGAGUACUCCAGAUUUUUACAGAAGUUGGGAGACUUCGGGAAAUGUACAUUUGGCAGCACAAUACGGAUCAUUAUUUUUUCAUGAAGCAAGUUAUUCAAGCAUGGUUAAGCUUUUUCGGUGUGAUGGCCAGUACUUAUUUGUGAAUACAGCAGAAGAUAUUAUUUACCCAUUUCAGAGUCCGAAAGCAAUAAGCAUUAGGAAAGGAGGGGGUUCUAGACUCGCGAGAAGUCAAAAGAUUAUGAAAUGUGUUACUGUAUGCAAGUCCCAAGUCAAGCUCAAAGAGUGUUCUGUAAAAAAUCAACUGAACUUGUCUACAUUGCCAUCCCUUCCAUUCUCCCAGGAAUCUCUUCUUUCGGAACGUUCAGAUCAGAACAAGACCAUUGUGCUUGCAGUAGCUGGUUAUAGUUAUAAGGACAUGCUGAUGAGUUGGGUAUGUAGACUGCGCCACCUAAAAAUCUCUAAUUUUCUAGUAUGCGCUCUUGACCAAGAAACGUACGAGUUCUCUGUCUUGCAGGGCUUGCCUGUUUUCAAGGAUUCACUUGCCCCAUCCAACAUCAGCUUUGAUGACUGCCAUUUCGGCACCAAUUGUUUUCAGAGUGUAACUAAAGUGAAGUCCAGAAUUGUUGUCCAGAUACUGAAGAUGGGUUACAAUGUAUUGCUCACUGAUGUUGAUAUUUACUGGUUUAAGAAUCCAUUGCCUUUGGUUAGUUCUUUCGGUCCUGCAGUUCUUGUGGCACAGUCUGAUGAGUACAACGUUAAAGGACCUAUCAAUUUACCCCGUCGCUUAAAUUCUGGUUUCUAUUAUGCACAUUCUGAUAUUUCAACUAUCAAAGCUUUGGAGAAGGUAGUGAAGCACGCAGCUUCAUCCAAUCUUUCUGAGCAGCCUAGCUUCUACGACACUUUAUGUGGUGAAGGGGGGUCCAACCGUGUGGGAAACGACAGAUGCUUGGAACCUGAAACGAAUUUAACAGUUCAAUUCUUGAACAGAGACUUAUUCCCCAAUGGUGCAUAUGGAGGCCUAUGGGAGGAAAAAAAUGUGACAGCAUCUUGUCUGAGUAAAGGUUGCUAUAUUCUCCAUAACAACUGGAUUAAUGGGAGGAGGAAGAAGCUCGAGCGCCAGGUUUUAUCUGGCCUGUGGGAUUAUGAUACAAGCACAAGAAUGUGUAUGCAGAAUUGGCUAAGUAACAAUCCCACAAGCUACUUCUGAUAUUUGAUAUACACUCUCUGCUAAUUUUCAAAUGGUAUUCUUUUGGUAACAUUAAUUUCGUAGAAAUGAAAAGGACACAAGGGUAUGUUAUUUCUGAGCCUUUGAACUUUUCUUCCAAGGCUUGUAUUCAUCUAUUGUCAGUAUGUGUGAAAGCUGCUGAAAGAGUGAGCCGGCCAGGAAUUAACGAGUUGCAGUACAAGGGAAACUACAAGGUAUCUUGGAAUACCUGAACCUAGUCAAACUUUAAGUUCACUUGAUGUUGAAUCAGAAAGCUGGAUGCUAACAAUUAUAGCCAGGAAGCUUUUGGUUGCAAGAAAUGUUGAUGAGAUGUGUUCAGCUGUUCUGGAACAACAGAGAUUCCCGAAGGAGGAGGGAGGUACAAAGGGCCAUUCGAACACUGGAAUUAAGCAGACAACUGGAGAAUAUUAGUGUGAGGAUAGUUCAUGCUGGUGGUCGACAAGAACUCUAUCGAAGUGCAUUUCCUGCUUCUCAAUUGAUUGAGAAGUAUCCCGGAAUGUGUGUGGCUCAUCCAAGUAUCUUUAGAAAACCUUAUGAAUCACUUGUGCCAGCAGAAGAGCAGCUCUUACCUGGGAAAAAGUAUUACAUCAUCCCUUCUACUACUGUACAAAAACUGAAGCACAGACAUUCAAUUAAGGGGAAAGCUGAAGGAAACAAGGAACACAAGGAACCGUUGCCACAUAGAGAUGAUUAUUCGGAGGAAUAUAUUUAUACUGCCAAGGAUUUCUAUCUCUCGAAGGAAAGGCCAUCUAGAUGCUUGCCCAAUAGAAGCCAGAAAAAUAAGAAGCCCUUUGUCCCUCCUAACCAAAAGCCAAAUGCAUUGAAGAAAUUAAGGUGGAAGCCCAGACUAACAUCUAUACAGGAGCUAUCAUCAUGAUCUAAAAUUUUUCUGUUCCUGCCAACAAUUGUCGGUGUUUAUCAUUCUUAGCAUUCUACCGGGGACAGUUAAACCAGUAGUAACUUGUAGUGUCAGAGUGCGUAAUUUCAGUUUCAUUUUAUGUAGUGUGUCAUUGGAAUCUGGAACUCGGUUGUUAGCUUCAUUCCGCGACAUCUAUUGACCUACAUUUUGUAAUUUUGGCUGCAGAUGGAGUUGCUAAACUUAGAUUUGAAA